GCCGAGCUUCUCGGGCCCUGCCGGCGCUGCCCAUGGGGGAGUGCGGGGUGCCCGCCCAGGUCCAGCUCUUCCUCCGUGCCUGCGAGCAGGGCGACUGCGAGACCGCCCGGCGCCUGCUGGGGCUGCCUGGCGGCACCGCUGGGUCGGCGGCCACCUCCGCCUGCGGCACCGAGGAGGCGGUGGAGCCCCGCGGAGAAGCGGCCGCCGCCUCCCCUGCCCCCGCCGUCGCCGUGGACUGCACCGACGAGGCGGGCAACACCGGGCUGCAGUUCGCCGCGGCGGGCGGCCACGAGCAGCUGGUGCGGUUCCUGCUGCGGAAGGGGGCCUCGGUGCAGAGCACGAACCACUACGGCUGGAGCCCGCUGAUGCAGGCGGCCAGGUUUGGACACCUAAGCGUGGCUCACAUCUUGCUGGAAAAUGGUGCUGAUCUCAACGCACAGAACAAAUUAGGAGCCAGUGUCCUCACGAUGGCCUGUAGAGGUGGCCAUGUCAGCAUGGUAAAAUUGUUGCUGGAAUCUGGAGCUUAUGUAGACAAUUAUGACCAUUUUAGCACAAAUGUGCUGAACAGCAGCAGAGAUGACCUUCCUGACAUCACUCCAUUAAUGGCAGCUGCACAACAUGGACAUGAGGCAGUGGUACAUCUGUUACUAGACUGGGGAGCUGAUUGCAAUUACACUGUGAAGACAAUGGGCUGGAGUCCUUUAAUGCUGGCAGCGGUUAGCGGUAAGGUGAGCUUAGCACAGCAGCUCAUGGAAAAAGGUGCCAAUCCUGAUCACCUCAAUGUACUGCAUAAAACGCCUUUUGAAAUCUCUGUGGGCUUCAAGCACAAAGACAUGAAGGACUACCUGGAAUCUCUCACAACGAUUAGAAUUCAUACAGAUACAGAGAAGAGGCAACCUGACAUCUUUCAUGCUUUGAAAUUGGGCAACUUUCAGCUGGUUAAAGAGAUAGUUGACGAAGACUCAAGUCAAGUCAAUGUUACCAAUGUUGAUGGUGCAUCUCCACUAAUGAUUGCAGCUGUAACCGGACAGCUGCCUCUUGUCCAGCUCCUUGUUGAAAAAAAUGCUGAUGUUGACAAACAAGAUAAUGUUCAUGGUUGGACAGCACUAAUGCAGGCCACAUACCAUGGAAACAAAGAAGUUGUAAAGUAUUUGUUAAACCAAGGAGCUGAUGUCAAUCUUCGGGCAAAAAAUGGAUACACUGCUUUUGACUUGAUAAUGCUGCUGAAUGACCCAGACACAGAACUUGUACGGUUACUCGCAUCAGCAUGCAUGCAAGUAGACAAAGACAAGAAUAAAAUGAACAACAGAUCAUCUUUGCCUUCUUCCAGAAGUAGGCAAUCCUUAAAUGUCCCAAUGCUGCCAGAUGACAAAGGAGGUCUAAAGUCUUGGUGGAGCAGGAUGUCCAAUCGAUUCCGCAAGCUGAAGCUGACUCAGACAUUGCGCCAUGGAUUUUCUUCCAAUCAGUUUGGGCCUUUUCCUGAUGAACCUGAAUCUUCAUUAAAUUCCACCAUGAAGGCAGUUCCACAGAGUGACACAAACUCCUCUGGAACUACUGAUGUUCCUAUGGCCUGGGUCACAAAUAACGCAGGUGUAAACACUGCAAAAGGAGGGAAGGAUGAUGAAUUAUUGACAACCAUGUUGAGAAGUAGUGCUCCAUUUACCAGGCUGCCUAGCGAUAAAUUGAAAGCAGUGAUACCCCCUUUCUUACCACCCUCCAGUUUUGAGCUUUGGAAUUCUGAUCGAACACGAAUCAGCAAAGAUGGCAAAGCUGAACAGAUGAGAACUGCCUGGCCACAGAGAGCAAUCAAGCAUGAUUUUAACAGUAGUGGGAACUCAGAUGUAACAUCUGUUAGUAAAGGCACGAGACCAGUCAAAUUACCAGCAUUUGCAAGAAGACCUGCAUCUCCUUCAAAUUCUACCAAUUUCAACCAUUCUCCUCAUUCUUCUGGUGGAUCCAAUAACAUUGCAGGAAUUAAUAGGCAUGGAGGAGAACUGCAUAACAGAUCAGGUGGCAGUGCAGACAAUGUUUUAUCGCAGAUUGCAGCCCAAAGAAGAAAAGCAGCAGGCUUACCUGAACAGAAGCCCAGCCAACACAAUAGUCCAGUCCAGGCAACUCCUUCAUCCACCCUGUCUGACAUGCAGUGUGCUCAAACAGCUGGUAAUGGACACGUAGUAAAGAUACAAAUGAAUCAAAAAACAGAGAUGAACAAAAGACCUCCAUCUGGAACUUCAUCUACAUCUAAAAGCACAUCACCAACUCUCACACCUUCCCCAUCACCCUCUCCGUCUCCUAAGGUUCACAACGUGGAGUCCUCUCUCUCCUCUUCUCACAGACAGGCCAAGAGCAAUGGUUCCAGCAGUGGUACUAUUACAGAAGAUGGUAAUCACUUGGUGGACCAUCAGCUUUUUCCUAUUCUGAGAACCAGUGAUGUAGAGAAUAAUGAAAGAAGAAGCCACAUGAGAGCAAAAGGAGGUGGUGACAACUUGGAGAAAGAUGAGCUGACUGGCAUCCUUAAAAAAUUGUCCCUUGAGAAAUAUCAACCUAUUUUUGAGGAACAAGAGGUGGACAUGGAAGCCUUCCUUACUCUUACUGAUGGUGAUCUGAAAGAACUGGGUAUUAAAACUGACGGUUCAAGGCAGCAAAUUCUGGCAGCUAUUUCUGAACUGAAUGCAGGAAAGGGACGAGAGAGACAGAUUUUACAAGAAACUAUACACAACUUCCACUCUUCCUUUGAGAGUAGUGUUAGUAACACACGGCCUCCUGGUCAUUCCCAGACUCCUGGCUGCUCCAUAAAACCACAAGAAGCAGUUGCUCCUAAGAGGUAGCUACUGGAAUAAAAAGAGAUCUUGAUCUUACAGUGAAGUCUGGGAUCCAGAUGAGUAAAUCCAAGCAUACAAAUGAAAAUUUGAAACUUUAGUCCUUGGUACACUUGUAUAGAACUUUAUGAAUUAAUGUUAAUGAUUCCAGUCCUACAAGGCCUCAAGGAAAGUAAUGAAAAGAUUGCUUUUGUAUUUCAACCUAAGAGUUGAAUUGUUCAAAGCUUCCAUGGUUUGGAUUUUAAGAUAAGAAAGGAAAGCGGGAAGAAUGAAGAUGUUUGUUUUCUACUUAGUCUUCAGUGCCCAGAGAUGAAGAACCCCUGUAGACGAGAUCAAGAGCAACAAAAGCAUGAAAAAAGACAUGUAGAAAGUGUAAUGGCUUUAUGGGAAGGAAUAUAAAGGGAAAGUAAUGCUACAUUCUUCAUUAACUGAAAUACACUUUAUCUACUCAGUAAUUAGAGAUUAGAACAGUAAAUGUAAACACAAAAUACCUGUUUGUAAAAAUAGCACUUUAUUUAAGAAAAUUCAUUAUAUGUUAUGGAUAUUUAAAUAUAAAUACUGUUAAAAUAUUUUAUAUUGCCAAUGUAUUGUUUUGAGAAUAAAACCACUUAAGUGA